AUAAGAUCAUGCAUUAUUAGAGUUGAGACUGGCCAGAAAACUGACCGUGUUUUUCACGACUUCUUCACCCACACCGACAACAACUGUCCCUCCAUCAUGGACUCGUCUGCCAAAAUGCCGGCACAAACAUCUCUUUUCCAGGUGUACCUGCGACUCCGACCGCCAAUCCAGGCAGCCAAAGACAAGACGGACUCGUGGCUCAUCGUCGAACCUCCUCCAUCCCCAACAGAGAACAGAGAUGAUUUGAUCUGCUCGUUCCCCAAACACAUUACCCUCCAGCCGCCAAACGACUCGAGAAAGCGAGCCAUUGAACGAUUUGGGUUUACCAAGAUCUUUCAGGAACAUGCUACACAGCUGGAGGUUUUUGAAGAGACUGGAACAGCGGAAACCAUAAAGACUGUUUUGCAGAGUGGAAGAGAUGGUCUAGUAGCCACACUUGGAGUGACAGGUAGUGGAAAGAGUCAUACAAUCCUGGGCUCCAAGACACAGAGGGGACUUACCCAAAUGACAUUGGAUGUUCUUUUUCGAUCGAUUGGGGACAAGAUUAGACGACCUGACCAUCCUGAUCUACCCACCGAUACAGAGCUACUCCCAUCACUACAGGCUUCAGACCCAUCCGAGGCACAAAUCACCGCAGCCACCACCUUUCUUGAGUCGACUUAUGGAGAUGGAGAUCAUAGAGCGAGACUCUCGCGUGCUCAGACACCCAUGUCACGAGCCCAGACCCCGAUGACGGACGGAAUGCAUCAUUCGAGAAAGCCGCCACUUCCCCGACCGAGCACUUUCCCACAGCAUCCAGACGUGUCGGCAUUCGCGAUUGAAAUUGACCAGAAGGCGGAUUAUGUGGUCCUCGUGUCUAUGUACGAGGUGUACAAUGACCGCAUUUUUGAUUUACUUUCCAGCCCUACCUCUUCCAAUGCUCCUGCUAUGUCGACUCGGCAAGGAGCGGCACUCCAAAAAGGCCUCUUGCGGCGCCCCCUGUUGUUCAAGAACACGGAGAUGUCACCCGACCGCAAAGUUGUGGCAGGGCUUCGGAAAGUUCUAUGCAGCAGCUAUGAAGAAGCGAUGAUGGUGCUCGAGGCCGGCUUGAUGGAACGAAGAGUGGCUGGAACCGGCAGCAACAGCGUCAGCUCACGCAGUCAUGGAUUUUUCUGUAUUGAAGUUAGGAAGAGAGCUUCUGGACGAGGAUGGGGCGGAUAUGGAACGUCGAGCUGGACAGGAGGCACGAUGUCGAUUGUGGAUCUAGCAGGCUCGGAACGUGCAAGAAACGCAAAAACGACGGGGUCGACUUUGGCGGAGGCAGGCAAAAUCAACGAGAGUCUGAUGUAUCUUGGACAAUGUCUCCAGGUGCAAAGUGACUGCCAGCAGGAAGGCAGCAAACCGAUUGUGCCAUUCCGACAAUGCAAACUGACAGAACUUUUGUUCUCCAAUUCGUUUCCUUCACCGACAGCGACCGCGAGCGUCCGACAGGCGCAAAAAGCGGUGAUGAUUGUGACGGCAGAUGCUCAGGGAGACUUCAACGCCACGAGUCAGAUCUUGAGAUACUCUGCUCUUGCUCGCGAGGUUACGGUGCCUAGAGUGCCGAGUGUGACCAGUGCGAUCUUGGGGUCGAGCUAUCCUCCACGACCGGGAAGCUCGAACCAGAAUGGGCGCUCGACACCCCACGACAAUUUCUUUACUCAGCAAGAGUUGGAGCAUGCGACGAAUGAAGUGGCUCGACUGGCUGAAGAGUUUGACGCCCUGGCGAUCAAGCUAGCCGAAGAAGAAAUCCGGCGGACAGAGGUCGAAUUGCAACUGCAAGCAGCCGAGGAGAAACUAGUGGUGAUGGAACAGGAGGUCCGAGAUGAAUGUUGGACAGAGAUGGAAGAACGUUUAGAGGAAGAGAAGGCGCGCUGGAGAGAGGCGUGGGAGCAAGAGAAGAUGCGCACGGAGGCGUAUGUGGAUGGCAAACUGGAAAUAUUGGAAAAGACAACCAAGAUCACGAUUCACGAAGAUUCGAGCGAAGAGAGACGGGUUGAAGAGCUGGAGAGAGAAAACGAACAGCUUCGAGCACAGAUUCGAGCAACGGAGCAAGAAAUGCUAAACCGAAGUCCGAGCAAGAAGUCACGCACCAUGAACAAGUCACCGGUCAAGGGGUUGGUGUUGCACGAGAGCUCCAACAGCAACAUUGCAACGAAUCCAUUUCUUGCAUCGUUGAGGGCGCGAGACAGCGAAGCGACGAUCAAAGCUCGUGACAGCGAGGAUAGCUUGAGUGUGUCGGAGGUGUCACCACGGAAGCUCUCAUUGCGCAGUUCGAGUGUGGCACGAAUGAGUGAAGAGGAGGCGAAAGUACCACCAUCGACGAUGAAGAAACAGCGAAAGUUGACGACACGAAAAUGGGAUCUGGGAGAUCCAGAUUGCCUGUGAGACGGGCUGCGUAUAUGAAUGAGAGGAUGUCAUGUUGGCGUACGGUGUUUUCGAGACUUGGGCGACUCAAGCGUUUUGUAUGUAUCUUGAUUAUUCCAGGAUGACCACAGGCCUUGAACAUGGUAGAUUAUGGUUAUUGACGAAGCGAGAUAGCCAUGUUCUUUCAGUCUACUGUAUUUGGGUCACCAGUUCCAAGGUCAUCUCCCAUCCCAGUCGAACAAGACCAAAGAUGAAAUUCCAAACUCCAACC